CAACCCUACAGUCCGAUACGCCCUCCUGUGCAAGUAAAUCCUCUGGAAUUCCUUUCGGUUUCCGUCUGGACACGAGCAUAGGCUUCUAUAGGCAAGCAGUAAAUUACUUCAAGUGUCGUGUACACUGAUACUGGGGAAAGCUUUCUGCCCAUGCUCAGAGGUCCUAUAGUUCCAAGUGUCGCCGUUUAAUAUAAAGCGGCAGCGUCGCAUCCUGUGCAGACGCAUCAUCAAGAGUCACAUCCUGCACACGGGAUCGCCUGGCUUCGAUUGGUAGCGAGUGGGCUCCGUCGUCUUGACAUCCCGCCUAGGCUCAACCUAGAGGGGACGUGAUUUUCCAGGGCUGUUAUAAUUUUCGUCCCCGAGGGUAUUUUAUUUUUCUUGCCGAAGUGCGGUUCGGAAAUUAUUAAAGAUCCCUCAACGAACUCCGGGAACGAGGCUCCUGAUUGGGUUGCAAGCAGUGUCAGUUAUGAUGAUGUCAGCAAAAAAUACCAAGGAAGAUUAGCGUGGAUUCUUCUCUUCGCAGGAGCCGGUGCUGCAGGGGUUCCUGUGAUACCAAUGCAGCAGAUCUGAAAAAUCAUGAAAUUUGUAUCAGCAAUAGCCAUAGUUUGGUGUAUGUUAAUAUCACCGUUGGAAUCUAGCAAGGCCUUUGAGGACAUCCGCUGCAAGUGUGUUUGCCCCCCUUACAGGAACAUUAGUGGGCAGAUCUACAAGAAUAAUGUGUCACAGAAGGACUGUAACUGCCUCCAUGUGGUGGAGCCUAUGCCAGUGCCGGGGCAUGAUGUAGAGGCAUACUGUCUGCUGUGUGAGUGCAAGUACGAAGAGCGAAGCACCACUACAAUCAAGGUCAUCAUCAUCAUUUAUCUCUCAGUGAUUGGAGCCCUUCUACUUUAUAUGGUUUUUCUGAUGGUGGUUGACCCUCUCAUCCGCAAGCCUGAUGCUUAUGCCCAGCCCCUGCGCAAUGAAGAGGAGAGUGAGGAUACCCAUUCCUUGGCAGCUGUGCGUCCUCCUGCUGGCAGCAGGGCAAACACGGUGCUGGAGCGAGUGGAAGGAGCCCAAGAACGGUGGAAGCGUCAGGUCCAGGAGCAGCGGAAGACUGUGUUUGAUCGGCACAAGAUGUUGAGCUAGAGAUUGCUUGGAGUUUGCUGUCCAAAAGAGAGGAGCAGCUGCUGGUUAGCUAGACAGAUGUUUUCUGUUAGCCAGUCCCAGUCCCUAAGGCCUGUAGUUUAAGUGUGUUGCCCCUGCCCUUUCUUUCCUGGUUGUUUUGUUCAUUUUCUUCCCCAUUUCAGUCCCACUGAGUAAGUGACAUUGAGGAAAGCCACUGGUUAUGCGUCCCAAGUGUUCUGAACCUGUUAAGGCAGGAGCAUCCGCCUCAUCUGCCCUGCUGUCUAAAACUCUGCUUCACUCAAAAAAGCUUGAGUGUUGCUGCUUAAUUUCUGUGUGACCUGUGGAAAUUGGGAAGACCAAAAUUUAGUUUGUUUAUUUAUUUAUUGUUUAUUUGUUUAUUCAAUAUAUAUACUGCCCACACUACCCAAAGGUCUCUG